AUGUCAAAACGAAAAAGGGACCCGACCUUUACCAUUAGCGAAAAAGAGGCUCUACUUGAUUUAAUAAAGACACAUUUUUCAAUUGUGGAGUCCAAGAAAACAGAUGCCGUGAGCAUGAAGUCCAAAACAGAAGAGUGGCGUAAAAUCGCCACAGAAUUUAACGCCAUCUCCGGUAUAUAUCCCAGAGACUGGACAGUUUUAAAAAACUGCUGGGAAAAUUUAAAGAAAAAGGCAAAGCAUGAACAGACUUUGCGAAAUCAACAUUAUUUAGGAACAGGAGGAGGACCUCCAAAAAAAGAUAUUGAAGACCCUAUUGUAAACCGAGUGCUUGAGCUCAUCCAGGCCAGAGUGUCUGGAUUUGUCAACUGCUUUGACUCGGAUGGCACUCAAAUUUUAGCCGGUAGUGCACCUGAAAUUGAGAAAAAAUUAAAUGAUGACAAGAAAGCAGACCAAUUGGAAGUGGUGUUGGAAAAGUUGGAAAAUGGAUUGGUCUCAAUAUACUCCAAGUAUGCUGAAAGAAAAAAAAAUCCAGGUUUGAGGAAAACGCCAAGCCCUGAUGUGCAACAACAGCAUUCUCAAGUGUGCCAUGCUCUUAGCACUCCGCCAAGGGUCCAAACACCAAGUGUGGCAGCAUUAGCUGCAACAACAAGUCGCAGAAGGGCAUUGUUUAAAGAAACAUCAGGAACCCCUGACUUAAUAAAAGGAAGGAUAAAGACCUUAUUAAAGGCCAAUGUUCAUGCUGAUGAGGAGCAUGAAAUGAAAAUAAAAAUUUUGAGAAUACAGGAAGAAAAAGAAAAAGAGAUUUUAAAACUAAGCAGGAGGAAA